AUGUCGGACGAGGAGGCGGACGACUACAUGUCCAUGGUCAUUGAGGAACCAACUCAGAAAGAAACCUUUACGCAGCGCAAGAAGCGUGAACAGCGCGAGGCCGAAGCCCGCGCACGCGUCCCCUCCAAAGCAGAACGCGCAGCUCAAGAAGCCGCCCGUCGCGAUGAAGCUCUCUCCAAAAGUACCCUCGACCCUACAAACAAAGGCUUCCAAAUGAUGGCUAGACUAGGUUUCAAGCCCGCACAGCCGCUGCAGCGGGAACCACGACCCAGGACGCUGCACAUCCGACAACAGCAACAUCAGCGCAGGAGUCCAUCCCUGCUGCGCGCGCAGAGACCCCUCAAUCUCAUUUUCAAGGAAGGUCGCGGGGGAAUCGGACUCGAUAGUGAGAAGAAGCGGAAAAUCAGGGAACAAGCCGAGGAUGCGACGAAGAAGAUGAAGACGGAGGAAGGUGAUUAUCGGGACCGUGUGCGUGAAGAGCGCGAGACGAGACGUACAGAGGCGCAAGUUCGCGCUGCGCAGAAAGUCGCGGAGAGACUGGACGCCGAGGCGGAGAAUACUGAAGGUGAUGACCAGAACACGCGGGCAGAGGACAGAUCAACCAGAACGGCUCCGGAAGGAGACUCCCCCUCUGCUGGAUCCCCGUCAAGUGCGCAAGAAAACGAAAACUCAGAAACCAACACCAAGCCGCCUCCCAAACAGCGUCCCUACAAACCCACCUCCCAAAUCAACCUUCUCUACCGCGGUCUUGUCCGAGAGCGCGAAGAGCGCGAGCGCGAGCUCCAAGCCCGCCACACACUCGAAACAUCCCUCCCAUCAUCAUUCUUUCCCCGAACAAAACUACCAGGCUACUCGGACGCAACUCUCGACGACGAGGACCAGCAAGCUCUCGGCACAAGAGACGCAUACACAGCCAUCGUGGAACAGGAAGUGGAAGACGAAGAUCCCGAGUUGGAGGCGUUUAAUGCCUUGGAACCGACGGAGCGAUUGCACAAGCUUGUCUUGUAUCUUCGGGACACGUACCGGUAUUGUUUUUGGUGUAAAUAUCGAUAUGAGACGGAUGAAGAGCUCGAAGGGUGUCCUGGGUUGACUGAAGAGGAUCAUGAUUGA